GCAUAUUUGAGCAGGUUAGACUGUAGAUCCACGAACACAAAAUUUAAUUUAGCAAGAAAACCCCAUCUUACAAUAGUUUAAAUUAAUGUAGUAUAGUUAAUAUCAAAGGUUGUGACUAUGGCAAUACACAGAAUGAAUCCAGAAAACUUAAAAUACAUUUCCUUGCUGACCUUAACAGUCCAGAAUUCCAUGGUCAGUUUAUCAAUGCGAUAUGCAACAACUAGAGAUGGACCAAUAUUCUUCAGUUCCACGGCUGUUUUUAUGGCCGAAAUAACAAAGCUCUUGACAUGCCUUGUACUGGUUUUUAUGGAAGAAGGAACAAUGCUUCGAUUUAAAGCAAGCUUGUAUAAUGCCAUUAUUAAAAACAAAACUGAUACGCUCAAAAUGACUGUUCCGUCGUUAAUUUAUGUUUUACAAAAUAACUUACUUUAUAUAUCAGCAGCAAAUCUCGACGCAGCAACAUAUCAAGUGACGUACCAAUUAAAAAUUCUGACGACAGCAAUGUUUGCAGUGUUCAUGCUGAGAAAAAAGUUAUUUUCAACUCAAUGGGGAUCAUUAUUCAUAUUGGUUUGUGGUGUGGCAAUGGUUCAAUUGUCAGCAGGUGGAGAAAAUCGAGUUGUUUCUGUUGAACAGAAUCGAACACUUGGAUUUUCAGCUGCCCUUGGUGCUUGUGUAUUAAGUGGAUUUGCAGGAAUCUUCUUUGAGAAAAUGCUAAAGACUUCUGAUUUAUCAGUUUGGAUGAGAAACAUCCAAUUAAGUUUAUUAAGUCUUCCACUUUCCCUCAUUACAUCAUAUGCUAAUGAUAGUGCUAAAAUCAACGACAAAGGAUUCUUCUAUGGAUAUGAUUCUUUCGUUUACUUCCUCGUGCUUUUACAAGCAGGUGGUGGUUUGAUUGUUGCUGUUGUCGUAAAAUAUGCCGAUAAUAUCCUCAAAGGUUUUGCCACAUCACUUGCCAUUGUCUUGUCGUGCAUCGUGUCAAUCUAUUUAUUUAAUUUCGAACUGACUACACAAUUUGCUUUCGGAACAGUGUUAGUAAUUGUUUCAAUAUUUUUAUAUGGCCACGAUCCAACAAAGGGAAAAGGUGUUAAGAAGGUCAGUACUAUGAAGGAUGAUGAAGAAAAAUUACUAGGAGGCGAUCCAGAAGACGUAUAAAUUCAUUGGAACUACUAAAAAUAUCUCACUGUCACACGAGUAGACUAACUUUGCUGCAUGUCAUACCUCACAAAAUUUUAUAUUGUCAUACUUAAUUAUUAUUAUUAUUGAGAAUAAUGUACAUGAUGCUUUUAUUCUUGGGACGGAAAUAUUAUAUGUAACAUCGGAGGGAAUUUUGUGAUUUUUAUUAACACUUCAUGAUAUCCAUAAAAUGGAUAAAAACUUGAAAUAACUUAAAUGUCAUGAACUUUCUUACAUUUGUUGAAUUCUGCAUCUUAUCAAAGAAAACUUGAUCCUCAAUAUUGAGUUUAAUUCGAUAAUGAAAGCAAGAAAAAAAGAGGAACUGGUCAAGUAUGUAUUAUAAAUUGCUAAAAUGUAUGCACGCUGUAAAAUAUGCAAAGAAAUUCACUUAAUUUUGUUCAUUUUGGUGGAAUGGCAUGAACAUGGAGUAGUGAGAUUUCUGAGGUCAAUCCAUUAAUUAUAUGACAUUUUAACUUAAAAUUUAUGCAUUUUGGAUGUAAAUAGAAUGCUUCAGACUAACAAUUUUUCAACCAUAAAUUCAAAUUUUGGGAACCAAAUCUGAAAAACAAUCCAGAAUAAAUCACUUAAAAAAUUCCAGACCCAAACCUCAUGAUAUAUCUCAAGAAUAGAAGUAGCAUAGUCGAAUCACCAAAACAUGCAGCAAAUAUCUGUAAGAAUGAAAGUUAUCGAAAUAUCCUAUACAAAUUGGUAUUAAUAGAAUUAUUUUAAUCUCUUCAUAUAUUUUAUUUAGCAUCUUAAGGACACACUGUAUGAGUGUAGCAAUUCAAAUUUAAUUUUAGUUCUGAAAUGUAAUGGGCCAGU